AUGGCUGAUGAUAUUGAUAUUGAAGCAAUGCUUGAAGCUCCUUAUAAGAAGGUGAGAAAAUAUGCUAAUAAGGGCUUUAUCACUAUUCAUUUAGCAUUAUUCAUGAAACUACUGCUGAACUGUAAACUAACAUCCCCGGAGCCCUCAUGAUUUAUCUUAUUGGACGUGCGUUACGUGUAUCUUACGAGUAACUAUAUGCUGUUAAUGUAAUUAUAUUGUGCAGUAGUUUCACUUCAGCGUGAUGAAUAAAUGCCCAUCUAUCUCUCUUUGUAGACUUGCCUAACGAUAUCUCACCUCUACUCCCAUGAAUUCACCUUUGAUUCCAGUGUGAACUGUCAAUCAUAAGGUAGUAAUUGAGUGACGUAUCGCUGUACCGUGGUCCCCCUAGGUAAAAACAAAAAAACAAACAAACGGAAAACACUCCUAAAAACUACCAGCUCAAUUUUGGAUUAGCAACAAGGUGAAUGCAGUGGUUUGAGCAAAUAGCAGGGUUCCAAGAAUAAUCUCUUCCCCAAGUUCAUGGCAAGCAAAUACUUAGACUGCUUAAUGGAAGAAGAGUGACCUCUUUUUUAAAAAAAAAGAUAGACGGGUGAUUAAUCUUUAACAGGACAGGAGGCAAUUAACUGUUGUGCGAAAGACCUUUCCAAAAAUUCUUGGAUCCCUGAAUAGUUCACAUUUUAGUAUUAGUAAAACAAAAUAUUGUUGCAGUCUACCGUUCGUUGUGACAGAGUACUCUUCUAUUUAUUUAAUUUAGCAACUUUGAUAUAAUUUUCUACAUUUCUGAAUAUUUAAUACCUAGCUUCUAGAUCUAAACAGGCAGCAAAUGUAUUUAGUUUUUCACUGGAUAUUGGUGAAACUGUUAAAUUAUGCAUGCAGUAGCACUGGCUUCACAAAUCUAUAUAUACAAAAAAAUAAGUAAUGUAGCAGUUGAACUCAUGGUGUAACUGGUGUGAUAACUACAAUAAACAUAACAGCAACUAUUAGUUCAUUUUGAAGUAUGUUUAGUACAGCUAUGCGGUAUGAGUUUUGAACAAGUGUUUGUAACCUUUUAAAUUUUCAUGUUUAGUUUUAUGUAAUAUUUAUUAGCUAUGUAACAUUUUGAAACAAAUCAUAAUUUGUAAUGUUAAGAAUCUUGUGUGCUAGUUUAACAUGGAUAUUUUCCAUGUAAACAGGUAUGGAAAUAGGGAAUAUUUAGGCUGGACUGGUUGGAUUAUUGAUGACUGACUUGGGAGUCGACGUUACUAAAGCAGUGUGAAUCCCUGUUUGCUUCAGGGCGAGAUGUGUGACAGAGGUGGCAUCAAGCUCUUACAGUCCCAACCCUCCAACGAAAAUGGGCGAAGAUCUCAGGACUGGCAUCGGUCACAGGAAAUCGAUAGUGGCUGGCUGCUAGCAUGGCCACUUGGGGCUUAGGCAGAGAUAUAGCCUUGGUACUGGUCAAAGGGAUUAUAGUACAUGAAAAUGUUUUAAACGUGAAAUUUCUUUUUACAUUUUAUUUAUUUAACCACUUGAGUGCUGAAAACUUCAGGAUAACUUUAAAGUCACGUAAGGAAGCUUGUACGAUUUAAAUAUAUAUUUUUAAUAGUAAUUCUUGUAUUUGUAAUUGUAUGACUUAACUAUAAGCAACAAAGUGGUUAAACAAGUCUACAUUAACUAGUAGCACUCCAUAUUAAAUGUAAAAUAAUUUUAGUAUUAAAAUUUUUGUUUUGUAUUUUCUUAUCCCUAUUCCCAUUACCCUUUUGACCACUUGAAAUGUUUCCACUUCGUCCUCACGAUGUUCUUCUAUCAACCCUGCUUAGGAUGAGAACAAAUUGAGCAGUGCCAAUGGCCAUGAAGAGCGCAGCAAGAAGUAAGUAUCCAUUGGUAUUACUGAAUUUGUCGUUAUUCCUAGGAAACAUUCUUGGCAGCCAGGCCCUCUUCCCUCAGUUUUUAAGCAAACAGAAUAUUUUACUCCCAACGUAAACUUUUGAAAGAGACAACUGGAAUCCUUGUUCAAUUCCAAAAAUUUCCGCCGGGUCAUCUUUCAAAAGAAAUUAAAUACAGCUAAAUAUAUAGUCUAUGACAGAUACAUAAUUUUAGAUUUUUGUAACAGUUUACCUAACUUUAAAAAAAACAGUUAAAAGGUACAUUAAAAGACUGAUGGCAUAAUAUGUCUGCUCAGAAGUAAGUUCCAUUGCGUUCAUUGGUGCUUAUUUCCAGAUAAGUGGACAUGGGAUUGUAGCCCAAGUGAAUCUGGUAUGAACUUUUUAAGGUAAAUUUCCAAAUGGAAUAAAUUUGACUGUGGAAUCUUGGGUCACAAGAACUUGUAUUGUUGAAGCACCUUGGAACUACUUUAGGCUAGCAUACCUAUCUUUCUGGAAUGUUGAGAAGUAUGUGUGGGUUGGUUUAAGGUGACUUUUGAGCUAAUUCAGUAAGGUUGAAGUCACCACAGAACAGUCUUUGCCUCGAGUUCCAGCCAGUCAUGCCUCAUAGUGGCAGGACAAAAGAACAGUGUUUGGCAGUAUCUUGAUAAGCUAUUUGGAAACACAGUGAGAGUUGCUGGUUUCCACUAGUUUCUUUCCUCUUCUAGAAAAUGGAAGCAAAAUAUUUUAAUAUACCAGAGAGGGCUAAUGAAACAGAACUGGAAUAGUUCUAAAAACUAAAUUAAAUAGUUUUCCAGUGAGAUGAUCUGCUUCUUUUGAAUAAAAGGGAAUCUUCGGGUCAACUUGCAUAUCCUUUCUUUAAAUAUCUCCAGGAAAAAACCAGUCAAUUUCUGAGGCAUCAGUUCCUUUGUUUAACAAUGGUUAGCUGAGAAAACAAACAAACAAAAUACCACUUUAAGCAAAACUGCCUUUGCAUAGGGCUGUGCUUUUCUAAGCAAUAAAAACUCAAAUGCUAGUCUUUUACUGUGGUGGAAAACAGAAUCAUUUCCCCACUCCCUGCUGAACAGAUCCUUUUUGGAUAGUGGUUUGUUUCAUUAAUAUCAACAGUGACUAAACGUUUACUUAAACUUACUGCUGAGAGACGAGAGAGCACAAGAGACUGAACUUUGUUCUUAAAAAGAAUAAUAUGUUUCUUCCCAGAGCUAUCCCAUCAAAAAACCACUACUGGAAAAGUACAGUCUACUCUUGCCUUCUGAGAGCAUGUCUUUGCUACCUGUGCAGAAUGUGGCCCUUCUUGUGGAAAUGAGAGGAGUAAACUAAUGUUUAAAAAUGUGCACAAUAUAGAAAUAAGACUCAUCUUCCUAAAUUACACUUGGGGAGUAUCUGAGGUAGAUUGCCUUGUUCAUGUAAAGACAGCUUGUAUUGGGAAGGUAGAUAGCUCCUUUCUCUUUGCGGUAUUUGAUAGUGGAAGUAACUGGAAACUUCUAAUUUCCUUUCCCUGGUGGUUUUACUUUUAUAAAGUGGAACACAGUACAUAGAAGAAGGAGUCAUGCUGUAUUCUCUCUUAUCCAAAUGUAAUGGUGUUAGAAGGAAACCAGCUUCUCUACCAGCCUUGUUGGCCAUUUUUUCAGUGGAUGGUGUCCAGUGGUGACUAUCAGCUGUUGAAAGGUUAUUUUUAAUUAUUUCUGCUCCCCCAACCUUCUGGAGCAGAUUUAGAUAGUGUGUGGGGUACCUUAGGGGGAAUGGGAGAUUAAUAAAACUUUUCUCUCCCUUCCAUUGACAGAUUCCCUUUUGUCUGCUGACAGUCUCCACUGGAUACCACCCAAAGUGAAAAUUUAAAUACCCUGAAUAAUACUAUUGUGGGCUUCCUGACUUGCUUUUAUUAGAGAAAAACCCCUGUUUGUUCAUAUCUUAAGACUGCAAGCCACAAUAAUAGUUGACGGUGUUGUAUGAAAAGUUAAUAAUGUCAUAGGUCAGUGGGAUAAGAAAGAGGAUUUACUCUCAAAAAUGAUGUGUUUUUUUUACAAAAGCUCACAGUAAGUUACUUUUCAGAACCUUUUUAAUUCCUUUGUAGUAGUUUACUUGAGGAAAUAUGCGUUAAUAUUUCAUUAAAGCCUUUUGGACCCUUUGCUGUACUAACUUAACUGCAAGGCAGCCUGAAACUCAUGGUCUUACAACCACAGUAGGCAACAAAAAACUGGCUGGACAGUCUCCUUUUUAUUAAAUGUUAUCUUGGUGGGAAGAUGUUAACUUAGCUUUUUAUUGCUUGUCCUAGGUGUUGAGGAAUGUUCUGCCGUCUCCUGUCACCCUCAAGAAUUUACAAGAGACUUUGUUCUGUCAGCCAUUGGGUGAACAGGGAAAAAGUGCUAAACGUUUUUGUUUUUUUAAUGUAGUUUUAUGUAGCCUCACUGAUCUCAUGGGCUAAAUCUGGGAUGGGGAACCUGUGGCCCUUCAGAUGUUGCUGGACUACACCUUCCAUCCCUGACAAUAGGCCAUGCCAAGAGGGUAAGAGGUUCCCCAUCCCUGAGCUAAACUUUUAUGGACAUGGACAAUUUCAUGAAGGUUUUUUCCUGUCUGGGUGCAUUAAAAGGUGUAGACUUCAUACCCUGUUGGUUUGUUCAGGGCUUUAAAAUCCUGACCUUUUGCUUAAUUCAUAGCUAAAAAGGCCCAAAAUGAUGGGAAAUGAUCUACAAUAUAACAAAGUGAUUAGUGAAAGCAUUAUGCCAAAAAAAGUUUAUUUAAAUUAAUUUAAGAGAACUUCUUGCCCACCUAGCAGUUCGAAAGCAUGCAGUGCAAGUAGAUAAAUAGGUAACGCACCAGCGGGAAGGUAAACGCCAUUUCCGUGUGCUGCUCUGGUUCACCCAAACCGGCUUAGUCAUGCUGGCCACAUGACCCGGAAGCUGUCUGUGGACAAACGCCGGCUCCCUUGGCCUAUAGAGCAAGAUGAGCGCACAACCCCAGAGUUGUCUGCGACUGGACCUAACAGUCAUGGGUAACUUUACCUAACAUACAACAUUAUUAAAGCCACAGUAGCCAAAAGACAGAAAUCUCAUGUAGGUUCUACAUUUAUGGAUAGAGUUGUCUAAACAGAAAUGCUUUAAGCAGGCACAGAGGAAUACAACGAAGGAACCUGUCAGGCCUGGAGUUCCAAACUGUAGGUGCUGCCACUAAAAGAUUGAUUACUACAAGUGUGGAAUGAGUAUUACGUGGCACCUGUAACAGUGCCAGUUCUGCAGAUUGAAGCAAUUGAGUGGGUAUAUAUGGGGUAAGAUCCUAAAAGUGAAGAAUGGAUGGUGCAAAACAUUCAAUAUGCAUAAAACAACACAGAUUUUGUUUAUACCAAAACCUCAGUUGCCUAUAAUGUUCUGAUGAACAGUUAGCCAUUUACCAUAUGCAAAAAGGAUACAUUUUAGUAUAAACUAAGCAAAAACUAACGGCAACAAAUACAAUUUGGAUUAAGGUUAAUUUUCUGGGCGGGUGACUAAUAAACAUGUUAUUUACCUAUUGAUACCAGUCUUUUCAGUUUCUUGCAGAUGUGUGCUGUAAUUUAACUUGAAGCAAAAUAGAAUCGUAGCAAAUGCACAAGCUUUUACAGUCAUGAUGACUGCAUGUAUUUUAUUAGGAAAACAGCAUUAUUUGGUUUUAUGUAGGGUGGAAAAAGUUCCAGAGCUUUUCUUUCAUUAUGGAUAUCAAUUACAAAUACAAUAUUAGGCAUGCUUGGCAGUUUCAGAAUUUUUGCCUUUUGUUUACUAAAUAAGAGUAAAAUAAACAUGAUUAGAUGACUCUCUAGGGCAGGUGUUGAGGAACCUUUUUGGCUCCGUGAGCUAGAUUUUUAUCAGAAGCCACCAACCCAUCAACCACCUGAUGUCACAAUGAUGCAAAGUGCUUUAAAGUCCCAAAGGUGCAGCUAAAAUUAAAAAGUAUUUUCCUACAUUCUGGGAAGGCUAAACCCCAGGAAGCGGUUUCUGCUAAAACAAAUCCCCCGCUCUGUUUUAUCAGGGAGUUCCAUGCAGAACCCUUCCAGAAUCAGGAAUGCGGCGCCCCCCCCCCCCUUUCGGCUCACAAGUAGGGGUUAAAUCUUGCUGCUUUGGCUGUAGACUCAUUCCUUGCUCGGAACAGGAAUGUGUUAAAUCAACCCCAUCCUCAAGCCCAUUAGAUGACAUCACAACUAUUGUCAGCUGAUAGGCGGGCAGUGUGGUUUCAGGAAAAUGACCUCAUGGGCCAACUUGAACCUCCUGACAGGACAAGAUUGGCCCACAGGCUAGAUUGUCCACCACCCAUGCUCCUGGGCAUAAAAUUUUUUUCUGGUGCAAAUGGAAAAUUAACCUAUGCAUAUUACUCUAGUUUUCCAGAAAACCUUUGUCACUGUGUGCACUACUGCUUAUGUUAAAUACAUUAAUCAUUUGUUGCAAUUUAGAACACCUUAUUCUCUAAGGAGCUCAAGAUGGUGUACAUAGCUCUCUCCCACCUCAUUUAUUCCCCACAACAACCCUGUGAGGUAGGUUGGGCUAAGAGGCAGUGACCGGCCUAUGGUCACCCAGUAAGCUUCAUAGCCAAGUGGGCAUUCAAGUUUCAGGUCCUAGUCUGAUACUCUUAACAGUUACACCACACUAACUCUCAAGCUUACAAGUCCAAUGGAAAAUGUGUAAUUUGAUACACACACACACACCCCUGCAGAAAUAAUAAAAAAGCAAAUCCUCCAAAGUGGUGAUCAUAAUCAUAGAAUCAAAGAAUUGUAGAAGGGACCCUGAGUCAUCUAGUCCAACCCUCUGCAAUGCAGGAAUUUCAACAGGUGGUCCUCCAUCUAAUUUGAAACCAUAUUGGACCCAGCUUAGCUUAGCAAAUGUGCUAGCAGUUUUAUUGCUGCACCAGCUUGGUUAGGAAUUGUUGAUUAGAAGGAACAUACCUUUUUACCAGUUUGUCUGCUUCAUUAUAGUAGCCUGAUUAUGUAUGUAUGUACAUAUGUACUGUCUUGUGGAGCAUUUUGUAUUACUGGCAUGCUGUUAAGAAAUGAAGAUGAUUUGAAGCCUCUAUUAGGCAUGACUGGUGCCCAUUUAUUACAUUUUUCUUUAUAUUCAGUUUGGGGCAGCAUGCUGCACAUGAAGUGGUUUUAUUUUAUUACAUUCUUCAUAGUUAAUCUUUAGGAUGCACUAUCACUGACCUCCCAUGCACAGCAUGAAAGUGAUUUUUUGUCUAGUUCCAAGCAUUAAUUUUUUCUCAUAUAGUGUAUAAGGUUUUCUGAAGUGCUUCUUCAUUCUCAUGAUUCGAAAGAAGCUCUUCCACUUAAUUGGUCUUUGCUGUUCCCAAGCUAUUAAAAUAUUUGGAAAUGAGCAAUCUGCUCAGUAAUACUUUCUUAUUCAACUUGUACACGCACAACAGCGGUUUAGUUUUACAUGUAUGAAUUGAAAUGAGCCUGAGUAAAGCUUUGAGGUCUCUUAUUCCUCUGCUUCCAUGCAGUUGGGAGAAAGAUUUCCUCAGUGUUUUGGUUCACUUUCCAUAAUUUCUGACUUCUUGGAGCGAGCUAAUUUCAAACCAUGGGUUAUGAAGCUGGCUUAUUUUAAAUCACUGUUAACUAGAACGGGAGUCUGUGAACCUGAAGCUUUUUUCAUUCUUAUCCCAUGUAGCACUAAGCUAUAUUUUAGUGCUGCAUACAAACCAGCCCACUUUUAAUGCUAUUGCUAGUAUACCAGUCUCUCAAAGUUCCAACAGGUCAUUUGAUACAGGUAGAGUUAUUGCCAUCAACAUAAAAAGCGGGUUGGUUUGCUGCAUUUGCUGCAACCAUAAGCCUAUCUAUAUACCCAACAAAUUGUUUGUUGGAUGAAAAUCAUGUUCUUGAGCUGCAACUUGUAACUUUGUGUUGUGUUCGCAAUGUGCUGCCACAAGGAAGAAGGACAAUUUAAGAAAGCCCUUAUCUUUUCUUUACAGAAGUUCAUUCCUGUAGUGUAGGCAGUACUGGGAUGAAGUCUUUUGUUAUGAGAGUAAACUGCAGCUUUCUCCUGAUGGCAUAUGCAAGCAUGCAUUAUGCAUUCUUGAUGUGACAGAUUUAUUAGAAAUUUAAAUUAUUUGACUUGUGGUAGAAAGGAGUUGAAACCCUAAUUUUCAACUUAGGUAAAUUUCACAUGCUAUGUUUUAUAUUUUAAUGGAGAAACAAUUGGUCACACUUGUUAUUUAAUAACAAUGAUAUGAACAUUAAUUGUAGGUCCAAGUUUGAAUUUCAGUAUCUUCUCAGAGUUUCUUUUUAUUCUUGUAGUUCCCAUAAAUGUUUUACUUGCCACAUUCAUGUUUGGUACAUAACUGAUACAAGAGUCUUACAGCUUAAAAGAAAAGGCGAACUAGAAAAAACCCCACAUAUCAUAACUAGCAGGCAGCCUUAUGUUACUGGGCUUGUAGGUUCCAGGUAUAUGAAAAUGUACAUGUUGCAAUAAUUCCUUACCUAGGUAUUAGGUCUCAAAUCUAUACAUUUUCCUUGGGAAGGGGGAUAUUGGCAAUAUUUCAUCUGGUUAUUCCUGUAUUGACAGUUUUUGUCAUCUGGGAAUCAAAGAAGAAUUGCUUUCUAUAAGGAUGUUUCUUGAGGAUAUCUGACUGCAAAGAGGAAUACCAUCCAUAAUAUCUCACUAAUAUCAUGCUAGGUAAACUCCUUAGGUUUGAGUUGAUUAUUUAGCCUAUGGAUUUCUUGAAUUUUAAUUAACAAAUCACAGUAGAAACAAAUGGCCCUCCUUGUGAUUACAAACCAAGGCCCUGGUUUUUGCUCACUGAAGCUGUCUGAUUCAUAACCUACUUGUCUUCCUAUGUACGGGGUAGAAACAUAACUGAUUCAAAUAGUACUAUGAAUUCGUUCAAUCUCUUUGUUUAGAAUAGAAUCUGAGUGAGAUCUUAACUCUUGAAUUAAUUCCAGUUGUCCAGUUUAGCUAGCGACCUUACUCCUGGACAAGGUUGAAUACUCUGGAUGCAAUAAACCAUGUGAAAUGAAAAGUGCAAAUUAUAGGCAGGUGGUGUUAGCUUAAACAACUUUUAAGAAAUUCAGUACUCUUGUUAAGAUAUUACAGCUUAAGUAAAAAAUAAAUGCACCACUCUAAUAAACCAGGGUCAACAAAUAGAGUUUCGUGAACACUUAUGCUCUAAAUCCUUUAAAGCAGAGGCACAGGAGGGAGUACCUCUGGAUUUUUUGCAAUAGAACUGCAACAGUUUCUGACUCCCAACUGUUUACCAGCAAACCAAAAGGGCUCCCCAUAUUAUGCUACUGAAAAAAGUAAUUAAGAGGAAUUAAGGAUGAAUUUUCAUGUGAAAGGAUUGUGAGCUCAGUUCUGCUACUAAAAAUAUCUUCCUGUUCUGAGACGUGUACUUGGAGGCAACCAGUUCCUUAGUUCUUGGUACAUGUCUGCCUCUUUACAGUGGAAACAUUAUUUGUCCCUGCUUUUAAGCAUGGAGAAACCCUAAUAUAGACUAAUUAUGUCUUUUGGGGUAAUGCAGUAUGUAUAUGUUCUUACAUUUGAACCUGUCUUUGGGUCCCUAUGUUACUUCUGUAGGUUUUUCCCCUCUUAAAAACACUUUGCAUUUCUGUUAGAAGCAGCAAAUGGUUUAGAAUAUAUAACUCUUAAGGGGCUAAAUCAUUGACUUGGAUCCAGAUAAACAAGGGGAAGAAGACAAUGUAUUAGUGCUGUUUGAAUUUUCUUGCAAGUGAUGGUAAAAUAUUUCUCACAAGCCAGCAGCACAAGGUAGCAUACUGUGUCUACAGUAAGAGAGAAAUAGUGAAUAAGGAAGCUGUAGGAUAAACUAGUGGGCUGUAAUAAUGUCUUGAAAAUAGCUUAUGCAAACAGAAGCAAUUCUUUGGAUUUGGGGUUGCUUUUCUCAUGCAAUGCUCUUCCGCUAGGUCGGAAACAGCCCUUCUGUGAGUGGAAGAGGCUUUCCGCUAGCAGAAGGGCACCUGGGAUCCAAGCUACUUGCUCCAAUGGGACUUAUUCCUUCUCCAUUUGGAACAUAUCUAGCGUGAGCAGGCAGUAGAGUGGAAAGAGAGUCUCAUUAAAUGAACAGUUCAGAAUCAACUAUGAACCUGACAUUUCUGCAAAGGAACUUGGUAGGUAUAGUUAUCUGCAGUUUAAACAUUUUUGUGUCUUCUGUUUGAUAAAAUAUUCCUCCUCCUAGGAGGGAGGUAGAUAUUUUAAAGAGUGAGGUACCCGUAUGUUUAUCCUGGUUGAGGGUAUGCUUGUGAAUGUGUGCUGUCACCUUGAAGGCUUGUACAUACCCAGUGCAUUGCUUUUAACUAUUGUAUAAAUGGUUUAGAGAGAAUUAAAAUAAAUUAUGUAAUUUGAUUAAAGAAUGAUUGCAUUAUUUAAAAAAUAAUGUACAUUAUAAAGAAAAUUUGCAUUCAUGCUGCAGUUGCCAUAACUUACUUGAUGGGGAUUUUUUAAACUUGCCUACCUACCCAAUUCAUAGUCUAACUUUUAAGUGGAUCUUAUUAUUUGCUGCUUUUGAAAAAAAGACACCUAAACUUGUGUUGUUUGUCCUGUUCAGGAGAAAAAAGAGCAAGAGCAGAAGUCGUAGCCAUGACAGGAAGAGGAGUAGAAGUAAGGAGCGCAAACGAAGUCGUGAUCGUGAGAGGAAGAAGAGCAAAAGUCGGGAGAGGAAGCGCAGUAGAAGUAAAGAACGGAGACGCAGCCGUUCAAGAAGUAGAGAACGGCGAUUCAGAGGCCGUUACAGAAGCCCCUAGUAUGUUGCGCAAAAUUGUCAUUUUAGUUCUAAUAUUUCAUUGCUGAAUAAGCAGGAAAUGUAAUAAAAAUAUAAGUUUUAUUUUUUUAAGAAAGGCAAACUAACCUUUUAAUAUAGCUGCAUAAGCCUCAAUUUUAAGAUGUAUACAUUUUUGUACCUUGGCUUAGGUUUUUCAAAAUACUUUUAAGCAGACAACUUAAGAGAAAUCUGCUUCCAGUAUCAUGUGGGAUCUGAAAUCAUAGUAUGACUGUAGCAGUGACACAAUUUUCUUUUGCAGUAUCAGAGUGGGUAAUCACUGUAAUGGUGGAAUAACAAUAUUUGGUUCAUACAUAAUGCCAAGUCCAUGAAACUAAAAGUCCUUGCCAUACAGGGGGAGAAUAAGACAGACCAUGCAAGCCUGAGACUUUGCUUGCACGCCUUCUUGUUCAUAUAUAUAUGUCACACUAAAUCAUCUGAGAACUAGCCCAGACUUUCUCAUAAUGUCAAAAUGAUAUCUCAGGUUAAUUUUGGAUAUGCUUCACAUAUCUGCCUUACUGCAUCCCACUUGCUUUCAAAUAUACUUGUAAAGUGAACACCAGUUAGCAUUUAGUUUCUUUCAAGAUUGUUCCUGCCAAUAAUGAACUUGCUUAGUAAUAUAUUGUCUUUUUUUUUUAAAUCUAGUUCUGGUCCAAAAUUUAACAGUGCCAUCAGAGGAAAGAUUGGCUUGCCUCACAACAUUAAAAUAAGGUUUCCUUCUCUUAUUUUAUGGUGACUAUUUAAUUAUCUAUUUUGAUGUAUUUAAUACCUUCAUAAUUGGUUGUAUCCUUUUUUCCACAGUAGACGACGAUCCAGGAGCAAAAGUCCAUUUAGAAAAGACAAGAGUCCUGUGAGGUAGGCAGUUGAAUACUACUAUUUAAAUUGACUGUGUAGUGUUGAAUAUUAUAUGAGGUGUCUCAGUUGCUUUCUGUGCAAAUCUCAUUCUCACCUUUCAGCUUCCAGAACAUGCUCUCUGUGCAUGUUUAGUGUGCUGCCUCUGCAAGCCAAGGUUAUUGUUAGUAUUUUAAUUUGGCAUGAGUAGCAUAGAGUGCACCUAUUUUGAUUGAUUGUGGCAGUUCUGAAGUGUUGUGGAUGUUGGUAGCACUACAGAAUUUGAUGUUCUUUUAUUACUGGUAGUACGACCUUUUGCUUUCUCUGGCCAUUAAUAGGAACGUCCUUUGAAAGGCAUCUGUGAUACACCUCUGUGUGAAGGUGACUUAUGCAUUUGACAUUAAUGAGCUAUAAGUAAAGGUAAAGGGACCCAUGACCAUUAGGUUCAGUCGUGGCCGACUCUGGGGUUGCGGCGCUCAUCUCGCUUUAUUGGCUGAGGGAGCCAGCGUACAGCUUCUGGGUCAUGUGGCCAGCAUGACUAAGCCGCUUCUGGCGAACCAGAGCAGCGCACGGAAACGCCAUUUACCUUCCCGCCGGAGCGGUACCUAUUUUAAUGUGCUUUCGAACUGCUAGGUUGGCAGGAGCAGGGACCGAGCAAUGGGAGCUCACCCCGUCACGGGGAUUCGAACCGCCAACCUUCUGAUCGGCAAGUCCUAGGCUCUGUGGUUUAACCCACAGCGCCACCCGUAUCCCGAGCUAUAAGUAGCUUAUUGUAAAAUUUUCACAGAUGGAGCAGCAAGAGAUAUUGUGCUCCUUUCAGCUGUUCUCCAUACCACACUGAUGUGUCUCAGGUCUGUGGGAACAACCUCUGCUGAAGGAAGGAACUAUCUGGUCAGAGUAGAGGCGCUGGAAUGUCUCCCUAAGUUAGGCUCUAUGGAACCAUUGGGUAAGAUGACCCAAAUGGCAGCUAAGCUGCAGGAGCUUGGGGUGCAGUUAUGGCCUACAGAGAUUAUUCUUAACUCGCAGUUUCAUGGACCCAAUGGGCAAAUGUCAUGUUAGCCUCAGCUGCCUGCUCCUCCAUUUUUUGAAAAGCCAUCCUUCACUGCUUAAUUCAGUACUUGCGGCAGGCAAUUAGGGUCAUUCCCCAUCAGGCCAGGCGAAAGAAAACAAGCAUUGGGCUGUUUUCUUGCAUUCAUCCUAGCUACUAUCUUUGGGCUCCUGUGAGCUUAAGCUUGUUAAUUCAUCUCUCCUGCCGAAAUUUGCUAGCGGCACCCAUGUAUAGAUCUCGGCCCCUGUGUGUUCUUGUCUGGCCUAUCCACAUAUAGGGGACUUGCUUUGAAAAUAGGGGGAUUGAUUGAAUUAAAGAGUGAUCACAAUGUCAGGCAUAGAUUAGCAGUCUUGUAACUGGAGUCAUGGUCACUUUGCGAACAGAGUGCUGUUAGGUUUAGACCUUACUCCCAUUCUUGCCAUAGUCCGCAAAAUGUGGACAUUUUGCAAGGGUAAGGUGUAAAUAAUGUUUGGAGGGAGAUUGAAACAUUUUGUAAUAUUGCCUUUCAGUUGCAAAGUAUGUGAUAAUGCAUUUUUGUGUGUAAAAAGUGCUAUUCUGCUUAAGCUUGAUAAAUACAGUGAUAUGCCUUCAUUUUUUCUAUGCAUCAUUGCAUUUCUCUUGCUGCCCAGUGCUAUACUGAUUACUGCCUUUGUAUGGAUACAAUAUCGAAAGACAUAAAUUUGUAAAAUGGCUGAAUACGUUCUUUCAUUUCAGACAUACACAACUAUUAAAGUACGUUGAGGUUAAAAGCAUUUCCUUUCUAAUGCUGGGAUUAGGUAAGGUGUACGUACUUAGAAGUAUGUCCAUUAAAUUAACAGAUUUUUCCAGGCAUACUUGUAGAAUCGGGGUGCAAGACCUCUAAAACAUCCUUUGUUAACCCCGAGCACCUUCUCCCAACCCUAUUUUGUCUUUUUCAUCUGCUUUACACAUUCUUGUAUAUUGGGGUAGGAAUAUACGUUACACAGGAAAGAGCCUUUUUUGCACUAUAAAUAAUGAAUUCUGAGAUAUUGAGACAUUGACACAUCUCAUUAAAGGAGACUGUAGAUAUCUGGUGCAGUUGAAAAACAGGGGUACCUGUCUGCCUUACUUGAAGCAUGUGCUAUUUGAAUGUUAAACCUCCAUCUGUGUCUGAGUGUAAAUGGAUUUAAUGAAUAUCAGAACAAAUUUGUUCAAAUUAUCUUUUAAAAUUGAAAAUUACUGACCAUGGUUUAUCUAUUAUUUUCAGAGAACCUAUUGAUAAUCUAACUCCAGAGGAGAGAGAUGCUCGAACAGUAUUCUGUAUGCAGCUUGCUGCAAGAAUUAGGCCAAGAGAUUUGGAAGAGUUUUUCUCUACUGUAGGAAAGGUGAGGCGUCAAUAACUCAAAUUUCUUCUGGUGUCAUCCUAAUAUUUUUAAAGCAGAAUAACUGAGCAGAAUUUUUUCAAACUUUCCGUAUAUUAAAUUCCAUUUAAGAUACAGUGGUGUAUUUGGGAUGAUUUGCAAGAUUGAGCUGCUGAAUUUUUAGCCUAAGUCUAAAGAAGCUUCCACAUGAGGACUUGCUAGCAAAAAUAACAUAGACCAGGCACGACCAACUCACAAGAGACUGCGAUCUAUUCCCAGUUUAAAAUGCAGGCAGUGAUCUACCCAUUGUCUUUGGAGGGACGAGGUACGUGUGUGGGGUGCGUGUGUGGAAGGAGGUAGCUAAGUGGAUGCGGGAGGGGGGAGUUUAAGUGGGGGUGGGAAGGAAAGGGAGGCAAAAGUUCUCUCUCUGAGGAGCCAGCUGGCUUCUCUUCCCACCCCCAGCCAGCCCCUCUCCCUCCACUUAUCCAGCUCUCCACCCCCCCCCGCAGCCCUUUCUCUCCCCCCCAUCAAAGGUAGCCGCAUAGCUGACGUGCAUCCCGAUUGUGCCUGCCCCCCCCUUUUACCCCCACAUCCGGGAAGACUGGACCAGGCGACAUUCCUUGUUCUUUCCACCUGUCCUGGUCUUCCCUGCGGCGGCAGGGGGACCCAGUGCCAGGGCCACCACUGCAGCAGUGACGGCUAGGCUGGGUGACAUUCCUUGCACUUGCUGCCCGGCUUGGCCUUCCCGGCGGCAGUGGAGGGACCCUGGGCCGCUGCUGCAGCAGUGAAGGCCGGGCAGCAAGCGCAAGGAAUAUCGCCCAACCCUGCCUUCCCAGCGGUGGAGGGACCCAUGGGGCCGCCACUGCAACCGGGCUGGACAGCAAGUGAGCAGGCAAGGAAUGUCCCUCCCUCUGGCGCUGGGUCCUGCUGCUGGCGGGAAGGUUGAGCUGGGCAACAUUCCUUGUGCUUGCCUUCCCUGCGGCUGCGGCAGGAGCCAGGGGAAGGGGCGGCGACAUUCCUUGCCCACUUUAUUUAAUCCCACGAUCGACUAGGAUCACUCCUGUGAUCUAUUGGUCGAUUGCGGUUGACUGAUUGGACAUGUCUGACAUACACAAAACCAAGUUACAGUAGGAUUGUCCUGUUCCAUUAUUUUUGCAACACUUUGGAAACAGGAGAAAGUAAGUAACUUGUGCGUGUUGGCAAAAAAAUGUGAUUGGAUCCUAAGGUGCCAUUCUGUGCGGCCUCCAUCUAACGUCAGGGGGAAAGGCAGUUUUGUUGAUUUCCUUCUCUUCCCCUCUGGAGUAGACUUUCAGGGGUGUGGGGAGAGGGGAUUUGGCAAAAACAGAAUCUCAGGAUCCAUCCAUAAUUUGCUUGCUUUUCUGAUGGUGUAAGAUGCUGACACUUUUGACUCUGAAAGUUUCACAGUUGUUACUACAUAAGAUUGUCUAGAACAGGCAUGUCCAACCUCAAGUAGGUUGCAAUCUACCAACAAGUAUCAAAAACUGGCGGCGAUCUACUACCCUCCAAAGUCGUUUAAGAUAGAGUGAGUGAUAAAGGGAUCUUUAUUUCACAGAUACAGUAGUUAUGUUUGGAUAUCAUCAUGAUAGAUCCAAAUAGUUACUAGACGAACAAGUAACUAAGCAAGUGAGAAAAGUCAAACUAUAUUUUUAUAUUAGUUUGCACAGAUCUGAGAAGCCAGCUUUUCUCUCUCUCUCUCUCUCUCUCUCUCUCUCUCUCUCUGUUAACUCUUCUGAGUUGCUUCUUCCUUGCUCUGCGAUUCUCCCUCCCUGCCUCCCCCCCGCCCACGGCAUCCUCACUCUUUCCCUCCACAUCAGUCUUUCUCCUUCUGCAUCUUUUCGUUUCGAGUCCAGUCAUGCCCCAUCCCUAAGUUAGUACCCUGCGGGAACACCCCCCCACACACAUAGACACCAGCCCUCCCUCAGGGCACCGUGUCCCCCUCACCCCCCCCCCGGUGCUCUGACACACACCCCGAGCGCAGUGCAGAGCAGGUGUCAGGAAUGAAGGCAAGCUGGCUUCCUCAGUAUGUCCCUGUUUUGUGUCUUGCUUUCAAAAUAAGAUGGUAACAUUAUAGCAAAAUUUGGAAAAUACUUGGCUAAUUAUUUGAAGGAACAAUUGAAAGUCUUUGAGGGACAGUAGGGUACCUGUUAGGGCACUGAAGCACCAUUCCUUGAAUACUGAAAAAUGGCACUGCUUGUAUGUUUUCACAAGUUUAUCUGCAGGCAUGAGAGAGGAUUGAAAAAUGAUUCAAUUUUGUUUCAAACAUAAUUUUUAAUUUGAAGGCACUCUGUAGGAAAUGCAGAUUAAACUUUUUAAAUAGGUAAAACAAGUUUUAACUGUUCCCAUCUUUCUAGGUCCGUGAUGUACGCAUGAUUUCAGACAGAAACUCCAGACGUUCCAAGGGAAUUGCUUAUGUGGAAUUUGUUGACGUUAGUUCAGUACCUUUGGCAAUUGGAUUAACAGGACAACGAGUUUUGGGGGUACCAAUUAUUGUACAAGCAUCUCAAGUAAGUUGAUACUAAUUUCUGCUCUAGCUCCGUUAUGAUCAGUAAAUCUUACUUCAUGUGCACUUUAUUCUUGCAUUGCAGGGGGUGGAGUAGAUGACCCUCCGGGUCCCUUGCAACUCUACAAUUCUAUGAGUCACUUGUGAUCGAGUCCUUACAUUCCAUUCUCAACUCUGGAUAGAUCUGAAGUGUCACUUAGGGUUAUACAAGGCGCUUGAAUAUGUCCAGUAUAUUUUUUACUUCAGUUGUUUGAGUUUGUCAACCUGUGCCAUACCUCAAAGUGCUGUUGAAGAUUAGGGGACUUUUCAAAAGUAGUUUGACCAAACAAUGAUUGAUAACAGCUAAGAGACAGAGAUGGCAGAUAAAAAAGUUUAUUAGAAUAAACUAGCAUGCCUAUUUGCAAAUUUAAACGCCAUCUACUUGAAUAUUAUUGUUAAUAAUAAUAGUAUAUUUCUUAAUGCUUGUGCCUAGUUACUUACGAUAAACAGUACUUGAUAGUAGACCAAAAGGUGGAAAUCACUUCUAAUUUAUCAACAGUUGCAUUUUUAAGAUGGUGAAUGCUUAGUUAAAACUUGUUUGGCACUAAAAAUACUGGUGAUUACAGCAAACUCCUAAUCUUGAAUAAUUGGAAGCCCCCCCCCUUUUUUUUUUUAGUAUUUAUUUUUGAGUGCACUAAACAUACAAUGAGUUGGUGGGCUUCUGCUAAUAUGCAUGCUUUUUUUUUUUGCCUAAUGUAAGAAUACAAUUUUUGAACUUGACCUACUCUGUAGUGUACUUCUCUCCCUCUCCCUCUCCCUCUCCCUCUCCCUCCCACACCCACCCAGUUUUGAAUACAGUCUGAAGCAUUCCUCAGUUAAAUGUAGGACAGUUAACUGUUAAACUUUAUUUAGUAAUGUGUAUUGUUUCUAUUUGGGAUAACUUUUCUAGGCAGAGAAAAACAGAGCAGCAGCAAUGGCUAAUAACCUACAAAAAGGAACCGCAGGCCCCAUGAGACUGUAUGUGGGAUCAUUACACUUCAAUAUAACUGAAGAUAUGCUUCGUGGAAUCUUUGAACCUUUUGGGCGGGUAAGUUUUUUAGUUCAUUGGGGACAACUGCACCUAGUAGUAGUGACAGAAUUAUGAAUUCCUGAAAGGUUUAAUUGGCUAACUUCCUUUCUCUGAUUUUAAAAAAUGUUAGUUCAAGUAGAAAUAAAAAUUACAUGUAUUCAUUUGAUCCUAAAGACCAUUCUUGAUUGAGUAACUUACAGUUGCACUUCUAUAGUAGUGGAUGCCAAGUUGCGUAGACUGCUUUCAUAGCAGAUUGUAAAAAUUAAAAUAAUAUUUCAUCUGUCUAACUGCAAUAUUCUGGUUUGCGCUUUCAACAACACUGUGAUAACAUCAAACCGUGGUAUUGCACCAUGGGAUCACAUCUUGUGCUCCCUUUCCUCUUCACACUCUCCAGUUUACAGUCCCAGUUUUCAGGCAAUAUCACAAUUGGAAUGUUUGGUUGUAACUGCAGUUGAUGGUCUGAGAAUGGAGCACUUAGGCAUAGCACCAAAGUAUGAUUUAGUAUUAUGUGUGACACAUCUAUUCUUUAGGAUUUCACGGUCCAAAUCUUGAGGAUUUCAAACAUCCAGGGGAGCUAUUAGAACAUUCUGUGCAUAUUCCAAUUUGCAUUAUGGUCCUGGACAAACAGACUUCGUUUUCUUCUACAUCCUGUUCUAUAAAAUAAAAAAUUGAUGACAGUAGGUCUUAUAUACUAAUUAGUACUGGUCUUUGCAGAUUGAAAGCAUUCAGCUGAUGAUGGACAGUGAAACUGGACGUUCCAAAGGAUAUGGAUUUAUUACUGUAAGUUUGUAAAGUUUAUUGUGGCAAACAGGUUCUACUGAUGUCAAUUGAAUAUAUUGUUUCCAAGUAAAAAUUCUUAGAUCUUAAGAUGUUCUGAUUUUUUUAGACUUGUGAUCCUUAACUUAGUUUUAGUUUACAUGUGUAAAAUUACAAUAUGUACCACACCUUUUAUAAUGUGCCCUGAAAGAAGUUGAAGAUAAAAUAUUUUAAGUCAUAAACAUGAAUAAUUAUGAAAGUUAGGUACUAAGCCCCACGUUUUGGGCAUGUUCACAAUGGUAGAAUCAUUCCAGUUUUUAUUAAACAUGAGCAACCACUGCUAUUGUACUGGACUUCAAGUUGGAGUGUGCUAAAUGAAGAUGGCCGCUUCACUACCAGAUAAUAGCAUUCAGUAGAGUACAGUCAUAUCAUGGGUCCUGAAUGCCUUGGUGCUUGGACGUUUUGGCUCCCAAAUGCUGCAAACCCAGAAGUGAGUAUUCGGGUUUGCAAAUAUUCUUUGAAACCCGAAUGCCCAACGGGGCUUCUGCAGCUUUGGUUUCCGAACGUUUUGGAAGUUGAACGGACUUCGGAACGGAUUUCGUUCGACUUCCAAGGUACGACUGUAUGUUGCUAUGUUGAUAAAAGCAAAUUGAAAAUGAAAGGAUGAAGGCAAAAUUGUCCAUAGACAAGUGUGCAACUUCUCAAGUUACAUAAAAUUACUAAAUGCAAACAUCAAGUUGACAAACUCUACAACCCCUUAAACCCAGUGGAAGUAUGCCAUGGUUUGCAUUGCCUGGUAGUUAGUUUGGGCUCCCAUGUAAAUGUCUGUACCUAUCGGUUUUAUAGCAAAAAAUCAAAUACAUUGUGGCUUCUGUCACACUAAACCAGUUAUUUGAAGGGUUCUAGUAUUAGCUUGAUGACUGAAACUUAAUAGUUUCAUUUUUUAAAAAAUAAAUAAAUGCUGAAAUAAAAGUCUGCUAACAACUGUAUUUUAAAUGACCAUAGAUUAAUUUGUUUAGUUUUCAGACUCUGAGUGUGCUAAAAAGGCCUUGGAACAACUAAAUGGGUUUGAACUAGCUGGCAGGCCAAUGAAAGUAGGUCAUGUAACUGAACGUACAGAUGCAUCCAGUGCUAGCUCGUUUUUGGACAGUGAUGAACUGGAAAGGACUGGAAUUGACUUGGGAACAACUGGCCGUCUUCAGUUGAUGGCAAGACUUGCUGAGGGUAAGUACAUUUGUAAAAAGCAUAGUACAUACGGUAUUUUCUUCUAACGUAUUUUUUUAGCAUACUACUAUAUGAUUUCAGUCUAAAGGAAAGCUCACUGCCAAGUUUUUCUAGCUAAGUGGGACAUAGUCAUCUCCAUGUUGUAGACCUUCUAGUUUGGCUACAUUGAUUCCCAAGACUUCAAGCUGGUUUGCAUACAGUGCUGAAACCAUGAUUUAGUACUAUGGGCAUGAGGUGAACAAACCUAAAGCUGCACUUCCUAUUUCUCUUUCCUCCUUCUGUGCAGCUGGGAAAUAAAUGCCUGCUGCAUUUUCUUUGAGUUUUGUGAAUCCUAGCUUGUCAUGAGGUGCUAAUCAGAAUCAAGGUUUAAAAUAAACUUGUAAGCUUCAAAGUUAGUAAACUUUAAACCAUGGGUAAUGACACUGGCUUUAACUAAUCAGAGUUUGUUAUUAAACUGUGCUGUCUGGAAAUUAAACACAGCAGAAGUCUUCCCAAACCUUGUGGAAGUGGGAAGGGAUAACUGUAAAGCUAGUAACUUUGAUUGGGCUCAUUCUGGUUUGUACUUGUAGCGCAAAACAAUUUUUCAUAAUUUUAGUAUCCUAGUUAAAUGUAGAGCCUCUAGCACAAAAUAGAUUGAUGGCUUUCUAUUCCAGGUACUGGCUUGCAAAUUCCUCCAGCUGCACAGCAAGCUCUGCAGAUGAGUGGAUCAUUAGCAUUUAGCGCUGUAGCAGGUAAAAUUGUUUUUUCUAAAUACUGUAUUCUGGAAGUUAUUCUUAAGGAAGAUAACUUACUCACCUGUUGAUUAUGAUAUGUUAGCUGAUUUGCACAACCGCAGCAAUUUUCUGUAUCACUUUAUUUAAUUUAUUUCAAUUAUAUACCACUUAGUCACAGAAAUUGCUAAGCGGGGUACAAACAGAUUACAAAACUAACAGUGAAUAAAAUUUUAUGCAGGAAAUAAAAUUAAUCAUAAAAACAGAAUGUAUUUAAAUGCCUGCUGAAAUAGAAAGGUUUUCAGGCACCUGAAGUUCAACUAUCAGAGGGCCCUGUAUAAUAUCAGUUGUGAGGGAGUUCUACAGAAUCAGGCCCACAGUACUGAAUGUGCAGCUCCAGGGGGAUAUGAACUGCGUAUCUGAGCCAUGGGAGACCACUAAAACAGAUUACUCUGAAGAUUUCAGAGAUCAAGCAGGGAUAUAAGGUAUCCUGGGCUCAGAAUGUUAAGGGCUUUGUAAAUUAUACAAGAACCUUGAACUUGGCCUAGUAACAUGGACAGCCAGUGUGAGCUUUGAAGUGCCAGAUUUAUGUGCUGAUGAUAAUCUGUCCCUACUAGCAUUCUAGCCACAGGAUUUAGCACCUGCUGGAGCUUCUAGACUGAUGAUGAUGAUGAUGAUGAUAGUAGUAGUAGUAGUAGUAGUAGUAGUAGUAGUAGUAGUAAUAAUAAUAAUAAUAAUAAUAUAUUUAUACAUACUUACAUACCCUGCCCAAUUAUAGCCCCACAUAGAGCACAUUGUAGUAAUGAGUUUUGAGGCUACUAGUGAUCAGGCUAUCCCUGUCCAAGAACAGCCAUAGUUGAUAACCAUAACUUACAAAAGGCACUCCUAGUCACUGAGCCUACCUGAGCCUAAAGUGACAGAGAACCCCUGAAUUAUGAACCUGUUCUUUCAGAGAGAGUACAUAUAAUCGUGUCCAGAAUAGGCAGGAUAUACAGGACACAUUUCGCAUAACCAGUCUUGAAUUGCUUGUGAAAUUUUCUUAUGACCUCUUUCUUUUAUUGCUUCUUGUCUGAUAGCUUAUGCAAUACACAGUGACAAAUUUUCUUAGAGGAAUGGUUGGUACUCUUUAGAGCAUUAAGGGGUGUGAGAGAGAAAUUUGCAUUCCAAAUAUUAUAUUGAAAUGUUCUCUGCAAUAUUUUUCUUUAGAUUUACAGACACGACUUUCACAGCAGAGUGAAGGUGAGACUGAUUUUGAAUAGAGUUGUGUAUUGCUAGAAAGACAGGCAUUUACAAUUCCACCUGCCUGAGAGCAAGGACAAGUGCUCCUUACUAUUUGCGAGAGGAACUCUCAGAAGCUUUAGACAGUUCCCAACAGUUUGGAUAAGAAAAGAUACAGCAUGAAUUUAUCCUGUUUCUUUCCCUGUCCAAGCCUUGGACACAGGAGAAAACUUCCACUGCAUUCAGCCUAUCAUACUUGGCUACAGAACUUGGUAGCAAGGAGAAAUGUAUGCUCACCUAGUUGAGAUAAGGUCAUAUUAGUGGAUCCAGUAUGAAGAUGACAUUUGAGCUGUUGUCUUUUUGUUAAAGUAAAUAAUAAAGCACUGGGUCAGAUAGAAAAGGUUUAUUUCUAUUUUCCAGUUCCUCUUCUAAAAGAAGUUCAUUUUUCACCAAUUCUGGUGUGGACGUGCUGACACUCAAAAACCUAUACAUACACUAUUGGGAUUUUGGGUGUAGUCUUAUUGUUCUCAGGCAGUCCACUCGGUUGUACUCUACUUGCUCCAGGGCCAUUUCUGAGUUGGAUCUUAAUUUUGUAAAGCAUAGGCUCUUUUGAUCUAAGGAUAUUUAUGCAAACUUAUUUGUCUGGUGCAAGAUGAAGGAAGCAAUAAACAGUUGACAGUCUCCCUAGUUAAAGGAGCCAUAUGUUGUUUUAUUGGAGCCCCUUUGACACCCCCCCCCCCCGGGCAUUAUUUAUGACUUUAGUAAAGCAAAAUGUAUAUGCAAUAUUCAAGCCCUGCCAAUGGAAGCCUUUGCAAGAACUUAACCUUCUCCUAAAUUGGUUGAGGGGCAGGGAACACCCUGGAAACAGUGCACAGGGGGAGAAAAAGAGAGAUCAUUGCAUCAGAAAUUCCAAGAGAGCAAUCUGCUUAGCACAAUGUUGAAUUCCUCCCUAUAUGUUUCAGACAGUAUCUUGUCCUCAGAAAUGGGGAUGGGAGUAGGCCUAUUGAAGUUAAUAAGGCAUGUUAAAAUUAGGUUCAUUAACUUUGGCACCUCUGCUCUAAGUAGGACUUAGUUUAUUACAAACCGUGAAUUCAGAUUGCUGUUCAAGUUACUUGGUGCUUCUUGACAGGGACAUAAUGCAGUCAGUUUACUUGUUAGCACAGUGCUCAACAAAUUGAAUGCAAAAUAUAUCUAUUGACCUCCUUGCCCAUAUUAAAGCCUUUGAACUAGAACUCCAGUUUUUAAAAAUUUGAAUGUAAAAGACUGCUUAUUAGGAACUGUAUUCUUGCAACAGAAUCAUAUUUUGUAAACCUUGGUUUUCUAUUUUGUAACGUCAUAUUAUGAUAAAUUUUCAAUAGAGUUUGCCCUGAUACUUUUAAAGUCUUAGUUGUAAUCUGAGGGUGGAAUUCGGCAUUGUGAUAUUACAAACAUUCUGCCUGUGCAAGUGUAUCAGCUUGCCAGGGGGACCAAUCUGCCUCCGCUGGCAUGCCUCUCACAGCCAAUUGCGGGGGAGGGAAAGAAAUGAAGAAAGUCUGUUACGCACAGGGCUUCUGCUGACAGGGCUUUUAGGUGUAUCCCACCCUGAAUUUUGUGCUUCUUAAAAUAAGGAGAAACUUACUCUACACUUUCCUCUCCAGUGUUGGCUGCAGCUGCUUCUGUACAACCACUUGCAACACAGUGCUUCCAGCUCUCCAAUAUGUUUAAUCCUCAAACGUAAGUUAAUAUCUCUCUCUCUCUCUCUCUCUCUUUUUGUAAAAUCUGUUUUAUUUCUCUAUUUUCAGUAUACAUAUGAAGAAUAAUUAAUUAAUUUGUGUAUUGUCUUACUCUUCAGUGAAGAAGAUGCUGGCUGGGAUACAGAAAUUAAGGAUGAUGUGAUUGAGGAGUGUAACAAACAUGGAGGCGUUGUCCAUAUUUAUGUAGACAAAAAUUCAGCUCAGGUAUGUUGAUUAAAUCAGUACCCAAAGGUGGUAACUUCUAUCUGUUCCUAUACUUCUACAAGAUGUGGCUAUACACCACUGCACUACUAACAGUAUGGUCAAGUACUUUGGGAGCAUUUUAUGUUCUACAAACAGACCAGACUAAAGUAUUCUCUGUGUGAUGCCAGAAAACUCUGUUACUCAGUUGUCAGUGAACAAAAUGUCUAUACAGUGGUACCUCAGAUUAAGUACUUAAUUCGUUCCAGAGGUCCAGAGCACGAUUUCUGUUCUCAUCCUGAAGCAAAGUUCUUAACCCGAGGUACUAUUUCUGGGUUAGCGGAGUCUGUAACCUGAAGCGUAUGUAACCUGAAGCAUAUGUAACCCGAGGUACCACUGUACAGACAUUGAUUCAAUUACUAUUUACAUCAUUGCAAGGUUAAAAUACAUGCUUAUGAAUCCUGAAUCACUGGCUGCAAAGAAUAUAGGUUCAGUAAGUACUGCAUGGACACAGUAAUUCAGUUUUACUAGCAAACCGGAGGUUAGACUAACCCCUUUCCAACCCUGGGAGGAGCGUGGGGAGUGUUCAUGUGACACACCACACCACAGCUGACACACUAACAUGUCAUGACACAGUUUGGAAAGCUCUGCCAUAGACCAUCUCAGUUAAAGGAAAAAAGAUGACACUUUGAAACCUAAAUGAGAUUUGCAUGCACCUAAAACUUUGAUGGGGAACCUGUAGUACUCCAGAUGUUGUUGAACUCCCAACCUACCUCAGCCAACAUGGCUAGUGGUCAGAGAUGAUGGGAAUUGUAGUCCAGAAACAACUGAAAUACCACAGAUUCCCCAUCUCUGCCCUACAAAAUCAUGUAGGAGUGCUCCUUAAUUUAGUUCUGCUUUCAGAUGCACAGGUGGCUAUGUGCUCACCUUUGACUGAUAUGCCAGAUACAACCAUUACUGAUGAAACUGGACCAUGCCACAGUCUUUCAAGCCUUCGUUACCUCAUGCCUUUUGUGGCACUGCCCUUUAAAAGCUUUUGGAAACUUCAGUUGGUACAAAAUGCUACCAUCAGACCUUUGUAUCAGGUUAAACAUUCAGAACAAAUUGCUUUUCUUUUUUCUUUUCUUUUUUUAUUACUUGCAUGAUGUACUUUAGCAUAAGCUGCCUUGAAUUAACUUUGUGGAGAAAAGGCAGGAUAUAAGUAUAUUAAAUUCAUUUGAUGGAUUAAAAUAUUUAUUCACAUUUAAUCUGUAGUUUUGUUCCAGCAACUUGAAUUUUUGAUUUCUGUUGAUCUGCAAGUGAACGGUUCUGUUAAAUGCAGUAAAUGUUGUUUGUAUUUCAGGGUAAUGUGUAUGUCAAAUGCCCUUCAAUAGCUGCAGCAAUUGCAGCUGUCAAUGCAUUACAUGGAAGGUGGUUUGCAGGUAUGUGAACUGAAGUUGUUUAUUACUAUUAUUAGAAUUAGAAUUUAUAUACCGCCCUAUUACCCUCAGGUAAUAUUUGCCUUGUUGCUGUCUAACAGGUAAUAGGUAUAGAUAAGACUUUGAAAUAAAUAGUUAGGGGAGUUGUUUCUUAGAACACCACCUAUAAAACUAGGUAAUCACAAGUACUUGGGGGAAGGGUAACAGUUUGCAGGCUUCCACUGAGAACGACAGCAUCUCUACCAUACUUCUUGCAAAUUUAUCUUCAGAGCUAGUAAGCCAGUGGCCUUAGAACACAUGCUGAUUUGGGCUGCUUAAAUAAGUUCUAAUACUUUUAAUUGUCUAGAUUGAUGAUUUGCAGUUGAACUCAGAUGGGAUUGACAUUUUUGGGAAGAAGGUUAUUUCUUCCCACUUGGGCAAUUGCUGGGUGAGAUAUAUAACCCUUCCACCUGUUUUCAGUUUGCCAUCCCUUACCCAGGAUACUUUCCCAACAAUUAUAUUACAAGAGUAUCAACAGUUCCAUUUAAGUUUAGUGUAGCCUUUGAUGCCCCAUCCUUCUUUGCCAGACAGAUUUUUGUACGUUACAGCAGUGGUUUUCAACCAGUGUGCUGUGUCACCCUGGGCUGCCUUGAAUGAUGGUCAGGGGUGCCACGGGCAACACUGGCCCCUGUCCGUCUUUCUUUCCCUCCCCCUUCUGAUGCCUUCUUGCGUCUCUGCCUCUCAAAAGGCUUGCACAGCUGUUGCAGCAGACCCGACUACAAGCUCCCCGGUUUCUCUGGGGCUGACCAGGGGGUGCUUCCCAGGCCCCUGUAAGGCAGUGUAAGGAGGCACCUUUCCCUGCAGCACCUGACCAUCAUUCAAGGCCCCCCCGGGUGCCACGGCACACUGGUUGAAAACCCCUGCCUUACUCAGUGAUAUUUUACUGUUAACUUACUGUAACCUUAAUAUUUUUUUCAUUGGACUGAUUAACAAGUUCUAAUUCUGGAAAGUAUUGCUCUUGUUGGACAGAUGAUUUUUAUGGUUUUUUCUUCUUUUUGUUGUUGAAAACCUCCCUGAGCAUUGCAGAUGCAUUGUGAGGAUAGAAGUUUACUAAAAUAGUCCUUGGAGGUCUUGUAAUGAACUUCAUAGGCAUUGCACCUUUCUCAUUUUGUUCAUUCUUGUUUAAAAAGUAAGCAAGAAUUUUAAGCAGUUUUUCCCUCUCUUGUUUCUUUUAGGUAAAAUGAUCACAGCAGCGUACGUACCACUUCCAACAUACCACAACCUUUUCCCUGAUUCUAUGAAUGCAACCCAGCUCUUGGUUCCUGCUCGGCGAUGA